AUGGUGCUGGACUUUUGUCCCGAAUUCUACGUCAGCGGCAAAGAGAACCUCCUUUGGCAGCCAGAGAAUGAGGAGCAUCAGAGGCGUCGUUGGCUGGCACCCAAGGUCGAUAAAGCACCCAAGCCCGUUUCAAAGGUGCCCAAGGCCGUCCCAGCUGCAGUUCCAGGAAUGGCCUCGACCUGUGCCCCAUUCGCCCUGACCUCGGAGCAUGCCCAUCGCACAACACAGCCGGCAACCAUGGCCUCGUAUGUGGUCGGCCAGACAUCCCCCGGACGCGAGCUUUCCAAGACCUAUGCAACUGCUCGCAGCCUCGCAGGCUUCCGUCAAGUUCCUGCAACCCACACAUUGUUGGUCCCAGCUGUAUCGGUUCUCGACCGGAGCCGUGUCCCGGCAUUCACCCGCACCAUCCAGCAACCCGCUGUUCCCAUGAAGCAGGUCCACCAAACGGCACCGCGUGUCGCCAUGCGGGUGAUCCAGCCGGCGUUCUACAUGCCCGUUCAGGCACAAGCUGCCCCACAAGUCGCGUAUCCAGUGUCGCGCGAGACGUCCUUCCUCGGCUACAAGUACCAUCCCAUGGCAUGCCCGGUCUACUACGUGAACAACCGCAUCCUACCCCGGAGUGUGAUCGUGCGUCGGGUGCAGGAGUUGAUCCGCAGCGGUCACGAAAGGCAGGAGGUGAAGAACAAGAUGUUGGAGAGGCAUUUCCAGGAGCUGGAGAGCUGUGGCUCCAGCUGCCUUGAUAAGCUCAAGAGCCUGCGAAAUGAGGUGCGCAGCGAGGUCGAGUCCCGGCAAGAUGCAGAGACGAAGGCCAACCAGCAGCUCUUGAGCAAUGAGUGCGAUGCGGCCACAAGUUUGCUGCUUCGCGCCACGGAGCAGCUGCACAGCGCCAGCUCCGGUUCAUGA